GAAAAAGAAAAAAAAACGGUAAAUCUUUUUAUUUCUUCAACCCAACAAUUUGGUGGGGGUUUGAUUCUUCUUCUUGCAAUCCUCGUUUAGACCGUAUCCACUUCCUUUUCUCUUCUUCAACUGGGAAAUUUUCAUAAGAUUAUUGGCUUUUGUGCCUAUUUUUCAUCUGAUUUUGAUCAGUUUGGCACUUGGAAUUGACCGGAUUCCGAUUGGAUUUGGGUUCAGGGGAAGAGUCUAAUACUCAGGUUUCCAAUUGGGUCCUCGUUUAGGAAGAAAACCCGCCGAUCAAUCCCCCGGGCUGGGGGUGGAGGAUUGAAAGGGAAAAAUGAAGGAGUUGAUUGGAAGACCGGGGACGAAGAGUGGACUUGUAUUGAGAAUAGGUCAAUCUGCAUUUGCGGCUGCCUCAAUCGGAGUUAUGGUUUCUGCUUUGGGUUUCUCUAGCUUCACUGCUUUUUGCUAUUUGAUUGCAUCAAUGGGCCUUCAAGUGCUUUGGAGCUUUGGACUUGCAUGCCUUGAUAUGUAUGCUUUGAGAAGAAAAAGAGACCUUCAAAACCCAAUAUUAGUCAGCCUGUUUGUUGUUGGUGAUUGGGUGACAGCCGCUUUAACCCUUGCUGCUGCGAGUUCAUCGGCUGGGAUUAUUGUUCUUUAUGCCAAAGAUUUGGACGUCUGCAAGUCUCAUAAAGAUCUUCCUUGUAGCAUGUUCCAAAUCUCCAUAGCUCUUGCUUUUAUCACCUGGGCUCUUACUGCUUUGUCAUCACAUGUCAUGUUCUGGAUUUUAUUAGCCUCAAUCUAGAAAACUCAUGCUUGCCAAAGAAAGCCUUUUACAGUAUUUUUUUCCCCCCCGAUAUCAUCUGUAAAUAGUCCCUUUUUAUAACAUUCAUUUUUGACAUUUUGUUUCUUGUACAGACUCUUGGUUUUAAAACAAAAGAGAUGUUUCAAUUUUAUCUGAAAAGCUUACACGGAUGAUUUGUUAAACAA